AAGACAAAAGGCCGUCUCUCACACUCACAUGCAAUAGACCCGUGCCUGCCGGCCCCGGUCGGAUUUUCUUCCCACAAUACUCUGAAACGAUAUCGUUUUGGAUCAGUUUGUUUCCUUUUAUAUAAAAGACUCGCCAUUUUCACUGGUCAGUCUUAACGCGAGUCACAGUGUUCGCCGAUCGCUUCGUCUCUCUCUCCAUCUUUGUUUCAGACUUUAAUUUCUAUAAUGUCGGGGAAUGCAUUAAGAGAUCUCAAUACUUUACCUACACCUGAGAGGAAGAAUGACAGCUCCAGUAAAGGGAAUUUUACUAAGCCUUGCAAUGGGAAGACAAUUGAAAAUGUUGAAGAGCAGCUGAAGAAAAGCCUGUCUUCUGUUCAAAUAAAUGGAGGUGAAACUUUAAAUGUGCAGCACAAUAAGAGCUCCGCUUCUGUUCAAAUAAAUGGAGGUGAAACUGUAAAUGUUGGAGUGGAGGUAGCUAAUUCGGAAGUAGAAUACAUUGAAUCUGAGAACUUGAGUGAUCUAGAAGAUGUUGAUACAUGUCUUAAGAAGCUCUUACCUGGACUUGACUCUAAAGAUUGGAUUUUGGUUGUUGAAACACUCAAUAAUGUUCGUCGAUUAUCAGUAUUCCAUAAGGAAAGAAUGCAUAGUAUGCUGGGUGAUUUGAUCCCUCUUGUAGUUAAGUCCUUGAAGAAUCCUAGGAGUGCUGUUUGUAAAACUGCAAUUAUGACAUCUGCUAAUAUUUUCAGUGCGUAUAAUGAUGAUUUGAUUGAUUCUUUGGAUCCCCUGCUUGUACAGCUUCUUCUUAAGGCUUCACAAGACAAAAGAUUCGUAUGUGAGGCAGCUGAGAGGGCCUUAGAGGCUAUGACUACUUCAGUUUCCCCUAUGUUGUUGUUGCCCAAGUUGCAACCCUAUCUGAAGAACAGAAACCCACGAAUUCGAGCAAAGGCAUCAAUGUACUUUAGUCGUAGUGUUCCACGUCUGGGUGUUGAGGGAAUUAAAGAAUAUGGAAUUGACAAAUUGAUACAAGUAGCUGCAUCCCAACUAAGCGACCAGCUCCCAGAGUCACGGGAGGCUGCUCGAACCCUUCUUUUGAAGCUGCAAACUGUAUAUGAGAAGUCCCACGGUCUCUCAACUGUAGUAUCUGAGAAUCCAGAGAUGGGCUCUUGGGAGAACUUUUGUCUGUCAAAGCUCUCUCCUUUAAGUGCACAAGCAGUGCUUCGUGUGACAACAAACAUCGCUCGGGAAGGUCUCGUUAUUGGUUCCUAACGGUGAGUUUUAUAUCGACCAUAUAUGAGUUUGUAGCAAGUAAUGUCUUCUUUUUAAUUUUGGCCACAAAUAUAUGAGCUUUAGUGAGCAGAGUCUACAGUCACCUAUUACUGUUUUGGCUUUGGUUUUGUCCUUUGUCCUUGUAAAUUCUCUUGAAUCAUUGUCUCCCAUCUUGGUUAAGAAAUUAGUCGGAUUGGAAUUGAAAUCGAAUUAAUGAUAUUCUUUGCAUAUGGUUCCCGAAAA